AUGCAUGAUCAAUACGGCCCUAUCAUUCGGAUUAGUCCUGAUGAAAUUCAUGUACGAGAUCCAGCAUGGUACGAUGUGCUUUAUGCAUCGAAUCUACAUGCUCGCGACAAAUACCCUCCUACAGCUAAGAUGGCGGGAACACCUCUCGCUGCCAUAUUCGAGGAGUCAUUAGUUUCACGCAAAUCCAUCAGUCUCGAGACUUCAUUUCUAGCUUUUGCGGGGAAUACAAUUGGCUUGUAUGCUUUCAACCUCGAUUUCAACUUCAUAAAGGACGCCGAAGCAGCAAAAAAUUGGAGGAAAACCUUGGAUUCGGUGGCAUUCAGCACUGUUGUUGCUAGACAGUUCCCAUGGCUUAUUUCUUCGAUUAUGACAAUUCCUCGAGGGAUUGUUAAGCCACUGUUCCCGGAUAUAUGUCGUCUUUUGGAUGCUUUCGCGAAAAUUUCCAAUUCUGUUGCGACGCAUAUAUCAACAAGAACCACAGCCGAAAACAAGCCGAUGUCAGAAAUAGGCAGAGAACGACCUUUGACUCUCUUUCAUGCUAUUGACCAGAGUUCCCUCUCUGAUCCAGAGAAACGUGCGGAUCGACUCCUCCAGGAAGGGAUGGCUCUUCUUUUUGCAGGAGGAGAGACUGUUUCACACUCCCUCAGUCACAUUAUGUUUCAUCUGCUGGAUAACCCAGACAUAUACGGUCAAAUUAAAAAGGAACUUGACGAGGCUACUCCCAUGGGCGAGACAAUUCCGUCGCUGCACACAUUAGAGCGACUGCCAUGGCUGUCUGCUUCAAUACGCGAAGGACUUCGGCUCUCCUGUCCUGUGUCUGCUAGGUUAACACAGACGGCUAGAACUGCGCUUCACUAUGGUGAAUGGACUCCUAUCAGUAUGCACCCAACUAGCGUCCUCCACGACUCUUCAAUCUAUCCCGAACCACACAAGUUUGCACCGGAUCGCUGGUUCGAUGCCCCUAGUCAAGCAAAUCGCUGCUUUGUGCCCUUCGGGAAAGGGGCACGUAUGUGUCAAGGGAUUGAUCUUGCAUACGCAGAAAUGUUUUUGGUGGUUGCAACUCUUGUCCGCACAUUUAAGCUGGAACUCUUCGAUACGAUCCGUGAAAGAGACAUUGAUCCAGUGCGAGACUAUUUUGUGGGGUUUCCUGAAACUGGUAGUCGAGGAGUGAGAGUGCUUGUGAAAGCGAUGGACUAA